AAAACCUUGAGCUGAGAGAAACACAACUGACAUAAGUCAAAAUACUAUUGGAUUUCAAAUUACUGCUUGAAAGUCAGUCAAGAAAUGAAAUUGACCCGCGUUAAUUGGAUGGAAAAGAUAAUUUUCUCAUGCCCCUGCUUUUCCAAGCCAAAAGAGAAUUCUUGUUGUUAUAUGAGAAAAAUGUUACCGCUGAUUCACAUGCAUCACUGCUCAAAAUCUGUCGUUUCUCACACAUGGAAUCGAUCUCAUCAUCAUCAUGUGAGAGUAUGCAUGGGCAUGCCUUCAAUUACCAAUUGCAAUGGCUCAAAAUAUCCAGGCUUUCCAUUCUAUAUAUGGGGUAGGAGAUUCCCUUCGAGCACAGCCUAAAACGUUAUCAAGCCUCAAAAAUAGUGGCAAAAGAUGCUUCUCUCUAUCUUUUUCAUUUUUUCUUUCCUAUUCUCCUCCUCCAAUGCAUUAGACUUCUGCGUUGCAGACUUAAGUGCUCCUCAAGGUCCUGCAGGCUACUCUUGCAAGAAGCCUGAAGCAGUCACCACAGACGAUUUUGUUUUCUCAGGCCUUGGUGCUGCAGGCAACACGUCAAACCUCAUAAAAGCUGCUGUAACACCCGCCUUUUCUGCUCAAGUUCCUGGUGUUAAUGGACUUGGCAUUUCCAUAGCUCGUCUGGAUUUGGCUGUUGGUGGAGUGGUGCCUAUGCAUACGCACCCUGGGGGUUCAGAAAUCCUUGUUGUUAUUCAAGGGUCAAUUUGUGCUGGAUUCAUAUCCUCUGCGAACAAAGUUUACUUCAAAUCUCUCAAAAAGGGGGAUAUUAUGGUUUUCCCCCAAGGUUUAUUGCAUUUUCAAAUCAAUGCAGGUAAAACUCAAGCGUUGGCAUUUGCAUCCUUCAGUAGUCCAAGCCCUGGUCUCCAAAUCCUGGACUUUGCCUUGUUCGGAAAUAAUUUGCCCUCUGACAUUAUAGAAGAGACCACUUUCCUUGACGAUGCUCAGGUGAAGAAGCUGAAGGGCGUUCUUGGAGGAACUGGUUAAGAUAUCUAAAUGUAUGCAGAGUCUUUGUCUCUUCCAUAAUUUCAACUGUCAUGCUAAGAAGUCUGGAAGCAUUAGUGUCUUCCAGUCAACGGUAGUCUGAUUAAAAUUACUUGCAAUUGAGUCUAGUUCUGCUUCUUUGUAUUCCGUCUUCAUGGUCAAUUGUCUUCUGGGGGGGUGAUUUCUGACAAUCAAAAAUCUAAUAAAAAAACCAAUCCCUAAAAGGCAAAUUCCUAAAUCCAAUUAUGUUGUUUAUCUUUUUCUCUUGAAUGGGAAAUAACCAGCUUCAUUAAUCCCCAAAAAUGAUGGAGAGCAGCCUUUUGGGGUGCAAUUUACUUUUAGAAUGGAAUAUUGCAAUGACAGGACAUAUUUUUGGGAUGAACAUAUGCCCCUGAGAAAUAAUAUUUUGGUUGAAAAUUGGUCAACAUUAAAAAUUACUACUUCAUAUAUCAUAACCUUAUCAAGUAGUAGUAUUUUAUGUGUUCCAAGCUUUUUGAAAUUCUACUGCUCCCAGCAUCAGAAUCAGGAAUCAUCACUGAAUCAGAGUUUACUAUAAUUUGAAGUUUCAAAAGAAACAAGAGUGGAGCCUCUAACAUCAUAUGCUUGCCAAGUUGCAUAUUAAAAAUCAAUCAGUGGUAAAAUACUUGCUAAAACCUUCACGAAAAAUGUCCCCGAUCCAUAGCAAAUGGACCGGACAGGCAAAAGAGAGAUUGAGAUUAAGGCUGACUAAAAUCCUGAUGUACACUAUCUUCUAGUACUUCCUUAUUAAUAUCUUGAUGCUGUCUGGGUUUGAAACCAACCCUUAAUGCAGUAUCUUCAUCAAGGCUACAGGAUUGGACCUGAUUUCAAAUUAGUUUUUUAAAUUCUAGCAGUGACCAAAAUGGCUUGAAAUUCACAAGCUAUGGGGUAAAUCCAAACCCAUAAAUAAAAUAAACAGAAUAUUUGAUAUUUGAAAUUUUAUUAAACAAAAAAGUGUCAUUUAGCCUUGAUUCUAUUUCUAGAGCAUACAAUUUGCUCCACCCAGAAAGCUUCCUUUCUGAUGCACCAAAAAAGAAGUAAUACUGGUACUAUUUUCCUUGGACCGUGGCUUCCUAAAACAAUUUUUAUAGGAUAGUCCCAUAAUCUACAGAAAUUUAUAGCAAAAGCAAAAGCAAAAACAAUGAAAUUCUCUUACAUAAAUCAAAUGAUAAACCUAAAACAAUAGAGAUCCAGUGCAAUCUACUAACACAUGACAACCAAGAGCUUAAUUGCAUCAGAUAUUCAAUAUGUUAGGAGUCCAUUGAAGAAGCAUAUACUAUUACUACUACUAAUACUACACAGAAGAUAUAACUAAGAAAGCAUGCUAACAACAUGAAUUAAGUACUGAUCCUUACAAUCAUUUCCAUGGAUACGAAAAUAUAAAUAUAAUGAUGCUAAUCAACUUCAAAAGAAUAUAUGCUAUACUGAAAAUAUGUAAGGUACAUGCAUUACAAAGAGUGGACAUGCAUGGAGCUGGGCAGCUGGCACCGUGGGAAAGGCUUACUUACUUUUUAGUGUCCCUUUUUACAUUGUUCAAAAUUCAGGAGCGUGAGAGCUGACUUAGCUGUAUAGCACUCUUUGGUUCUUGCAGAUAACUGGCAGAAUCAGGGUAAAGCUAGCAAGAGCACAAAUCCAAUAAACAAUUUGAGAGCAUCCCAGUCCCAGAUUCUACCAAUCCUAUCAUACACAACUGUUAAAACAUCUUAAAUAAUCAUUUUUCAAAGUUCAAAUUUCCACUAGAUCGAUUUUCUAACUCUUUUCUAACUCUUUACAUCAACCUGAAUAUAAGUUAAAGCAACUUGAACAAUUCUGAAGCAGAACUGACCGAAAAAAAAAAUGAAGUUUUCCUAGCAAAUUUAUGCUAGAAGGCAAAUUGCAAAGAACAAAAGGAAAGCUUAACACGUCAGUGGUCCAAUCCAACCCAACACAUAGUAUCGGGACACCUUUUGCAUUAUAUAUUAUUACAUCAGAAUUGAGACACGUUUGCUUAAUCACCCCAAC